GGUGGCGCCCUCCCGGGGGACGCACACAAGAUGGCAGCGACGGCGUUAGCGAGAGGCAGCGACGGGCCCCUCUGACAGCGCUGCCGCCAUGUUGGUGAGGGCGGGAGCGGCGGCAAUAACGGCCCUGCCCGGGCUGCGCCGGUUGUGGCGGGGCGGGGGGAGCGGGGCCGCCGCCUGCUUCCCGCUGAGCCGGGCGCUGCUGGACGUGCGGGGCGCGGAGGCCGCCGUCUUCCUGCAGGGGCUGCUCACUAAUGACGUCACGCGGCUGGUAGCGGAGGGCGCCCCCCCCGCGGCCGGUGGCUCUCCCCCCGCGGCCGAUGGCGCCACCGCGGCCCCGCCGCGUGCCCUCUACGCGCAUGUGCUCAACGUGCAGGGCCGCUGCCUGUACGACGUCAUCCUGUACAGGCUUCACCAGAGUGCAGAAGAAGAGCCACACAUCCUGCUGGAGUGUGACAACGGCGUGCUGGAGGCCCUACACAAACAUCUGAAGCUGUACAAGAUCCGGAGGAAAGUAAACAUCGCUCCUUGCCUUGACCUCUCUUUGUGGGCUGUCCUCCCCAGGGAGGGGGCUGGAGACAUUGCCAGUUCCCUCACUCAGUGUGCAGACCAAGCUCUGGUUUUAACUCCUGACCCCAGAACAGAAGUCAUGGGCUGGAGACUGAUUACAAAGAAAGGGGCAAAUCUAUCAGAGAUUAUCCCUGGAAGUCAUACUGGAAACACUGAGGAUUACCACAGGCACAGGUAUAAACAAGGAAUUCCUGAAGGUGUGAAAGAUCUGCCCCCUGGGGUAGCCCUCCCACUGGAAUCCAACCUGGCCUACAUGAACGGUGUCAGCUUUACCAAGGGCUGUUACAUUGGGCAGGAGCUGACAGCCAGGACCCACCACGUGGGCGUCAUUCGCAAGCGCCUGCUGCCGGUGCGGCUCUCGGCUCCUCUUCCCAGGGACAGCACUCCCGAGGGGGCUGAGAUCCUCACCCAGGCAGGAAAGUCGGCUGGCAAGUUCCGUGCUGGAAGAGGUGAACUUGGCAUUGCUCUGCUGAGGUUAGCCAAUGCUAACGAACCUCUCAGCCUCAACCUGGCAGGGGGCAAAGUGAAGCUCACUGCAAGUAUUCCCCAGUGGUGGCCAAAGAAUUCGGGUAAAUAAAUGAGGGAUGCAUUGCACAUUCGCCUUACUGAGAAUAGAGUUUUGUGGGGUGAGUUUGGGAAGGCAGCUGUGCCCUCAGGUGCUGCUUGUGGUGUAUGAUGGGGAGGGGGCAUUACAGGAUUCCUCAGUUUAGGACUGAACAGCAGGAACCCAAAGGUUUUGUGUUCAGAACAACCAUUUUGUGGUGCUCUGUUGGGUCUUGUUCAUGGACAUCAUGCUGCUCUUGCCUUGCAGAUGAUACAUACUCAGGCUGAGGUGAGCAGAUCACUCCUUGCACUGAGCUGCUUCUUAAACUUGCUGAUUCUUGAGGUUUGUUCCUCCCACUCUAACUGCUGAUGGUGUUCAGGAAGAGGAAUACCUGGUACUCUGCAUUUCAGACUUGGAUUCCCUGGUGGGAAAGCUCUCAAAGAUCCUGGUUCCCUGGUUCAGCACCAGCAGCAGCCAGCUCCUCUGGCACACCUGACCCUGGUCCUGCACACUUGCUUCCUUAGAUAGCCAUUUCAGAGAGGGAAGUGCUAUGCUACAGAGACAAGGUUCACUGAUGCCUGCCCUGGGUGACAGUUGUGUGGGUGUGCUGGUGCUUGGCAGACAAAUCUCUCGGCAGCAGCAUGCCCUCUGGUUGCCAACAACAGUUGAGGGGUGG